AUGCGACACAUCCGAUCCAUGCGAGCGCUGCGUCUCUCGCAAGCUAGCAUGCUCGAAGACGCGCCGUCCGUUGCGACGGAUUCCUCGGCUUCGUCAACAGCCGUCGGUACUCCCACCAACAACAACGACAAGGACCGCACAAAGAUCACAGUCGCCUUCCUCCUCGGCCUCACAAACCCAAACUCGGAAAACAUUCUCGAAUUCCUCGCUAGUGAAGCAGCCGCCAGGACUGAAGGCGACGGGCUUGAUUCGAGUAUGAGACCGGUGGUGCCUGCCCCGUUCCCUCCGAGCUUGUCUAUCGACCAGGACUUUGCCGCCUUCCUACCGUACCCUUUCGCAACUGGUUUCGUCCCCGAGUCAAUUGACUACCUUUAUGCCAUGUCCGGGCUCGCGGAAACGUCCGGACUGACAGCGUCGCUAAUACAUACACCAACUUCAUCGUACGACCCGGCAAUAUUCGAGUCGCGGGCAGCCAUGAUCGUCUCUGAACUUGAAGAGCUCCACCAUGCAUUGAAGAUCUGCGACCCGUGGUAUGACGGAGCCUUUGACCGCGUUGCUGCGACUUCCGUCUUCUCGGCGGAGAAUCUCUGCAUGUUUGCUGCCACGUACUUCCGCGUAAGCCAUAUCGACUUUCCCAUCCUGCACCGGCCAGACUUUGGCACGGACCGGACGACGAAAGAGCUCCUAAUCGCUGUUGCUGUCUCUGGCGCCUUGAGAUCACCGCCCAGCGAUGACGCUCUAGCUGCACGGGCCUACCUGAGUCUCAUUGAGGAGUACAUCUUCAGAAGGCUCCAUAGGAUGAUCCCGAACGGCGUGACGCCUGAGUGGACCCCUGAGCUGGAGGCGAGCCUUCAAGCAGCGGUCAUGAUUCAUAGUGUGCAAUUCUUCCGAAACGAUAUGGCAACGCGGCGAAAGAACCGUACGCAAAGGCUUCCGAUGUUGGUCCAGGCUGUGCGUUGUCUUGGGCUGGCUCAGACGAGGCAUGCGCCGCUAUUUCAGUACGAUGAAUUUGUGCGGAACGAGUCUCGCAUUAGGCUGGCAACUUGGAUGGCUUUGGCAGACUGGCAACAAACCGGCAUGUUCAACGUGCCGUCCAUGAUCUCCACCUCAGAGAUAACGUGCGAUCUCCCCUGUCCGCUGGAACUAUGGGAUGCCAGCAAUGCAGAGGAGUAUUAUGAAACUGCCAAUACCAAGGGGUUCAAUCCUGCGAGGAGGAUAGUAUCACUUAAGCACUGCAUGGAUGCGUUGAUGAGCGACACUUGGAACGGUAUCAAUGGUAUGGUGCUCACUGCAAACUUGAUGGGCGUCCUGGGCCCCAGCACUCGGAAUCUCUCUCGCGCCAUCUCACGUUGGGAGGCAAUGUGGGAGACCAUACAAAGCCGCAUGGAUCCCACUGUAUUCGAAAAGAGUGGGAUGGUCAGAUACAACACUGAGCUCUGCUGGGCAGCGAAGCAGAUCAUCAAAGUCGCCAUCUCUGGGGAUCGGAGUUCGGCGUACAUGCAAAAAGUUGGCCACGAGUCUCUCGUGGAAUUGCAUGAGUUUGUGCGUCAGUACAGGGACAUAUAA